AUGCUUGCAGCCCCCAUGCCCCCGGUACCGUCGCAUCGUCCCCCUCCUUCCGAUGCUGACCGAACAAGCUCCCACACAAUCUCACAGUCCUCGUGUCAAAAAGGGAUCGCUUCUACAAAUAUGUCGUGCGGUGUAUCAUCAAAUGCUGCAGGCGACCGGCAGGCGACCAUGCCGCAGAGACCGAAACUCACUCUUCAGACCAAAUCACUACCAAUGACAUUCGGCAGUUCAACAACAGGGCUGUCUCUCUCGUUAGCAGCCGGUGCCACAGCGUCUCCCACUGUGCGCAACACUUUUAGAAACGCCUAUGAUGUCUCCUGUCCGCCUUCUGCUACCGUGUCACCCUCCAAAUCUUCCAUGUCAAGAUUCGGCAAACCCUCGUCACCAUAUCCCACUGACGCUAAUGGGAAUCCAUAUCAACAACCUCUUGGGGUAAAGAGUAUUCUCCGAAACUCGCCGUUAGAACCUACUGCUAGACGGCGAUCGAUAUCCGUGGCCCCGAACGGGCCUAAUGGGGGUUCGAGCUCGCGCAGGGUGUUCUUCCCCGCCGAGAAACGGGUGAGCUAUCGGUAUCCACUCGAGGAGGAGAUCAAGACCGUGCACUACACCGCGCGCCAUUCCGACCUCAUUGGCCAGGUGGAACAUUACCCUUCUGCAGAGGCUGGCUCCGGCGAGGACUGGGAUGCCAAUUCUAGCCUUCCGUCAUCCGACAUAAGCACCUCCGACGAGGACGAAUAUCACAACGCCUCUCAGUCUCAACGCGAAAGGAAGAAGAGGAAAACUUUAGCGGCGGAAAGACAAGUUCGCGCAGUGGCACUUUUGGAUGGGCUAGAGACAGAUCCUUAUGGUUCCUCCACUCCCCAGACACCGCGCGUCAAGCGCCGUUGUGAAUGGAGAUGGACCUUGGGACCACUGGAAAAGCGGAACGAGCUUAUCCAGUUACCUCAAACACCCGAGGAUGCAGCUUCUCAGCUUCUUGUGGCACAUACCACACCUGCAUCGGAUGUGAGCACUCACAAUGACAAGGACACCGAGAACUUGACCACGAGCGACUCGGAGGAUGGUCAGUCUUCCAGUACCUCCCAACGGCUCUCCAGCCCAACUUCAUCUGUCGCAUCACCCCAGGACAAAGUCUAUGGCUUGAACACAAAUCAAACCUUUGAGUCUGGGCCACCAGAUACCACUCUCUGA